CCCCUGUUUCCUUUCUCGGCAACAACCCGUUCCUUUUACGUCAACCUCGUCAAACCCUCUCUCCUUCCUCCAUAGCUAAGCAAGGCAGAGCAUCUUAAAAAAUAAUGGAAAAGUUGAGUUGUAGUGACGUUGCAGAUGGGGAAAGACAAAGAAGAUGCAGCAUUGCACAACGGAGAAGAGACAGCAGCACGGCGACGCGGCAGCGGUGGAAUGGGGAGUUGGUGAGGCGGCGGCGGUGCAACGAUGUGGCAGCAAGAUAGAGGCGGAACCGCGGAAAUUUCUGGGAAGUUCCCUCCCCCGUUUCUUCUUCCUGCUGCGUCUUCUGUUCAUUCAAGUUGCACUCCUGGAAUUUUUUGAAGUUGCCAGAUCUACCAGAUCUAGCGGAGGACCAGUGGCAGAGGUCAUUGAAGAACCGGCUGAGAAUCGAGUUCGUAGGAGUAAUAGAGAUAGCGGUUACCAAUGGUCCAACUGUGGAGAGUCAUUUGAGCACUCGAAGUGGCGGUCGCCGGAGGCCAUUGUUGACAUUAUUUUUAGUAAUGUUGUUUAUAUAGUGAUUCAACAUUCACGGUAUUGUAACAAUUGUAACACACUUUUCUACAUUUUCAUAGUUCUUAGAAUAUUGUGACAUUGCUUAGUUUGACAAUGUUUAUAAUGACAAUGUCACAUUUUUAAAAAUUAUCAUUGUCAUGACAUUACCAUGACAUUGAGGCUAUCAUUGUCAUGACUUUAUCAUAAUGUUACUUUAUUUUAUAUUUUCAAUAAUGGCAUUUUCAUGAUAAUGUCAUUUUUAUAAUUAUUGAAAUUUC